GCCAUCCUGUGUGUGAGAAAGUAACCAAAUAAGUGUUUUGGACGGAUAUUUUAUUUUGUUAUAUUUUAUAUUCUCCAGACGCUAGUCAGUGCCUAAUGAUGCCUUCCUCACAGGACUGGAUCAACGACCCUGUCGGUGUUGUUGAAGGGAUGUUUGCUGCUUCCCAGAACAAUCCAAACUCUGGAUGGGAGGCGAAAGCGGUUGAAUUCUUUAAAGAUCACCUGAAGGAGAAGGACGCUCACACCUGGGUCCCGUCUUUAAACGAUGUCCCUCUUCACUACCUGAAGCCAAACAGCCUGGUGAAGUUCCGUUGCUUAAUCCAAGACAUGUUCGAUCCGGAGUUCUACAUGGGAGUGUAUGAGGCCGUCGAUCCAUCCACAAAGGCUAAAGUGUUGCGAUGUGGGAAGUACAAAGAUGUGACGGAAUGCGGGGUGGAUUUUAACUCCAGGAACACUGUGACUGCAGAGAGACAGACUUUCUACUGUGUGCCGAUCCCCGGAGAAAGUCCCUGGGUGAAAGAGAGCUAUGCCGGCUCCAGCCAAGCACGAGUGGUUCCCUCCACCUCGUACGCACCGACGAGACAGAAACGCAGCUACGAGGACGACGACGACGAGGACAUGGACACUCAACCGCAGAAGCAGAGGGAGCAGCAUGCUGGUCCUCAAAGUCCAUCAGAACAUCACGGCAAUGGUGACUGUAAGCGGCGGGAGACAGAAGCUCCUUCCAGCCAGGCGGCAUCUGCCUGCCAUCUGGACCUCAACUUCCCCCUGCCAGGAGAGAAAGGCCCCUCCUGCCUCCUCAAGGUGUACGAGGACAGAGACGGCUUCAAACUGAACGACACAGUGGAGGUCUUCGGGAUCCUCUCCGUCAGCCCUGCUCUCAGCGCGCUGGCCGACGAGAAAGACGCCUCCUCGUCCCUCCUGGACCCGGCGGACGGCAUGGAGACGGCGGAGGAGCAGAGAGUGCACAGCCCGCCGGCCUCGCUCGUCCCUCGCCUCCACAUGCUCUACGCCAAGCCACUGCCACACAACAACCCGUUGCUGCCGGCCAGCGCCGCCUUGGAGGACAACAGUGCCUUUUUAUCUUCGACCCUGAGCGAGAUGGCCGCUGUCAGGGCAGAGCUGCUCGCAUACUUCACUCACAUCCUCCUGGGAGACGCGCUGGCUGCUGAAUACCUCAUUCUGCAUCUCAUUUCUAACGUGUACACUAGACGGGACGUUCUCCCGCUGGGCAAGUUCACCUUGAACCUGAGUGGCUGUCCGACUGUCUCCUCGUACACCGAACGCUUCUACCAGAUCAUCCAGCAGCUCGUGCCGUCUUCGUACUAUCUGGGCAUGACCCUCCAGAAUAUGAACCAGAUGCGGUUAGUGCCAAAGAAGGACUAUGUGGCCAACCGGCUAGUGAGCGGGGCCCUGCAGCUGGCCAGAAACACUUCCCUCUUCCUGGACGAAUCCCAGCUGGAGCAGGGACAGCUGGAUACAACAGGUGUGCGCAACGUCACGGCCCUGGGGAACCUGAUCUCGUGGCAGAAGGUUGAUUAUGACUUUGACUACCACCAGAUGGAAUUCCCCUGCAAUAUUAACGUGCUCAUCGCGUCAGAGGGCCGCUCGCUGCUGCCGUCAGACUGCCGGAUACACCUACAGUCUCAGGUCGCCCCGCGCGACAUGGACGAGUAUCUCGGCAGCAUCCACAUGCAUCCGCAGGCGUCACAGCUGAACAAGUUCAGAAUGUACCUGAGCGUGGCUCGGCUGCUGGACUACAGCAUCUCUGAUGAAGUGACGAAGUCAGUUGAGGAUGACUUUGUGGAUAUGAGGAAGGACGACCCCCAGAGCAUUUCUGCUGAGGACCUCCACAGGAUGCUCGGUGUGGCGAGGUUGCUGUCUCUGAGCCUGGGACAGACCUCUCUGUCCAGAGACUGCUGGCUCAGAGCCAAACACGUCGAGAUGCUGCGGAGGAGCCGGAUGGAGCAGCACAAGUGCGUCAACGGCAACGAGCCGUGAUCGGCGCAAACAAGAUGGCUUUUUUUUGCUUUUUGAUACCUAAAAAGUUUGUAAUAAAGAUGUUUUUCAUGUGUCAUAGUUCACGUUUGUUCAACUUCUUUCAAGAACCAAGUUGCAGACAUUUGGAUAUACUUUUCAAUUAAUUUGUGAGUUCGUGUAGUAUACAGUAUAUAUAGAUAGUUUCUAGAAAGGCAAACUGAUAUGCUGGCAUGGAGACUUGCUGUUAAUGGAUUUGACAAUAAACCCAUAUUUUUUUUAUUCCAAUGAAAUAUGUUACGAGACAAAGUGUACAGUGCAUUUCAAGUAAAAACACUCGAAGAGGAUAAGAAUAAAUAGGAUACUUUAAUAUACAAUCUCAGUACACCGUGGAAAACAAUGACAGUCAGUUGGUAAAGAGGAACGAUGACCACAAACAUUCAAACGUUAAUGGUGCUAAUGGUAGAAAAAUGUGUGUAAACAGUGCAAAUCAAAUGCCUUAAGACCUCCGAGUCACAUGACAGUUUGUCGUGGUCCUAACAGGACGGGAGGACAACCACAGACAAAAGGAGGAGGUGGUUGCAAAAGCACUUGGUGUGAAAACAAAAAAGAAACGGAUCAAAUAGAACGGACAGCUUCUGCAUAUAAAAGACAAACACUGUAGCGUUGUGGUCGAUAUUGGGAAUGUUGAGGAUUAUGGUUCCUUUCAGCAAAUUUGGGACAUGUGUCCCCGCUCUGCUUGAGAACUGCUCCAGUGUUUGCAAUCCUGCAGGAAGUUUAAAAAACAAACAAAAACCCUUUAAACCUCAGCAUUAAAACUUUGCAUUACAGCUAUUACCUUCAAGCUUUGGCAGCACCACACACACUAUCAGCAGGUUCAAUAAUAACUAUGAUGUAGCAGCCAAAGCAGCCAAGGCUAC